AUGGCCACCAAGCUCUCGCUCAAGCUCAGCAAUCGGGCGCCCAAGAAGCCGAUCCGCCGGCUGCCCGAGUCGGUCGAGCUGGACCCCAAUGCCACCGUCGAGGAGGCUAAGGCGGCCAUCGCCCGCCUGUCCGGCUUCACCGACUACAACCGCAUCGGCCUGUACGACCCGGUGUCCAAGCAGACGCUCAAAAACCGCCGGGCCCUGGUGCGGGACGAGGCGGGGGUUAUCUCUACCGGCGAGCUGGUCGUCAAGGAUUUGGGCCCCCAAGUCGCCUGGCGCACCGUCUUCGUGAUCGAGUACUUCGGCCCGAUCCUCUUCCACGCCUUCAUCCCGCUCGUCCGCCCCUACAUCUACCUGAUCCCCCCCUUCGACUACAAAGACGAAGCCACCACCCCCAUCACCCAGGUCCAAUGGCUGCUCUUCGGCCUCUUCCAGCUGCACUUCCUCAAGCGCGAGUACGAGACCGUCUUCGUGCACAAGUUCUCCGCCAACACCAUGCCCGCCCGCAACAUCGUGCGCAACUCGGCCUUUUACUGGCUCAUGGCUGGUCUGCUGUGCGCGCUGGAUAUCUACGCCCCCGGCAACAUGGCCGCGCGUGAGGAGCUGGUGCCGUUGGAUUAUGUUGGGUUGGCGUUGUUUGCGGUGGGCGAGACGUGUAAUUGGAUUGUGCACCAGCAUCUGGCGAGUCUAAGGAAGCCGGGCGGUACGGAGAAGGGGAUUCCGAAUUGUAUUGGGAGUGGGCUGGUGACGAGCCCGAACUAUAUGUUUGAGGUGCUGGCGUGGGUGGGGGUUAUCUUGAUCAGCCGCAGCUGGGCUGUUGUGGCGUUUAUUUGCACGGGGAUUGUGUACAUGCGCAGCUGGUCGCGGGGGAAGGAGAAGGCGCUGCGGAAUGAGUUUGGCGAUCGGUACAAGAAGAAGCGGUACACCAUGCUGCCGGGGCUGAUUUGA